AUGUAUAACCCUUACCAGAAUCAGAACCAGGGUAAUGCGUUCCCGCAGGGGAAUAACUACUACCAGCAAGGUCAAGCAAUGCAACAACCUAUGCAACAACCUAUGCAACAGAUUCAACAACAACAACAGCAGCAACCUCCACAAGUACAAAUGAAUACAUCCAAUUAUAUGGGUAUGGGCACUCAAAAUACAGGUUAUAAUCCAGGUUUACAACAAGGUGUGAAUCAACAAUAUGGGACCUCAGGAAACGUGACUCAACCACAACAGAAUUCAAUGGGUAAUUUAGGAUUGAACUCUAACACAGUGCAAUCACAACCAACAAAUUCCUAUUAUCAGUCUAACAAUCCAGUUAACGCUCCAAAUUUGCAAAAUAGUGGGAUAGAUGUAAACAAUUACCAAUCGCAACCUAUCCAGCAACCCCAAACUCUAAAUGCUAUGCCGCCAAUUCAGCAACAGGGAACAGGUUACUACAACAACAACACAACUUCUGCUGCAGCUACGCCAGGUAUUAACCAACAGACUGGAAUGCAAUCAUUGCAAAGUCAAGGUACUGGAUAUUUUCCAAAUCCAGCGCAAACUGUUAAGCCAGCUAUUACUUCUCAGGUUUCACCAAUGCAACCAUUACAAAGUCAGAAUUCUACUCAAAUGCAAAUUUUGCAGCCCCAAGUUACUUCAUCUUUGCAACCGUUGCAACCUCAACAAACAGGGUUUUAUGCUCAACAGUAUCAAAUGCCAUUAGAGCCAUUGAAACCAACGGCAACAGGGUUUGUGAACUCUUUUGCUAACAAUGGUUUAAAUAAUGAUAUUAAGAUUCCUGCCAUUAGAUUAUCUUUCAUUACUGCGAAGGACCAAGCAAAGUUUGAAACUUUGUUUAGAGCUUCUGUUCAACCAGGAUCGAACACCAUCACUGGCAAGGGCUGUAGAUCUAUUUUGAUGAAAUCAGGUUUACCACCUUCCCAAUUAGCUAAGAUCUGGACACUUUGUGAUACAAGUAAAGCCGGUGAGUUAUUGUUUCCCGAAUUUGCGUUAGCUAUGCAUUUAGUUAACGAUGUGUUACAAGGUGAUCAAAUUCCAUAUGAACUAGACUCUAAAACUAAAAACGAAGUGAAUAGUUUCAUCGAUGCUAUUAAUCUAAGUAUUGCUUCUAAUGCAACCACAUCAACUGCCAAGACACCAUUUGAUGAAUUGAUGUCAGGUGGUAUUCCAAUGCAACCAACUGGUAUGAUACCUCAAACUAGUUUUGGUAUGCCUGCUCAACCAACAGGUGGUCUAAUGCCACAAUCCACAGGAUUUAUGCCACAAACAAGUUUUGGUAUGCCACCUCAAUUAACUGGUGGCUUAAUGCCCCAAAUCACAGGCGGUAUGCAAGCUAAUACCAUGAUACCUCAAAACACUUUUAAUGCUCCAUUGCAAAAUCAAGUCACCGGUGGUGGUAUGGGUGGGGUUCCUAUGCAAGCUCAAGUUACAGGUGGAUUUGUUCAACAACAGCCUCAGCUUGUCCCUCAACAGACUGGUCCUAUGGGCAUGCCAACUUUAACCUUUGGCCAAGGUGGCUUAACUAAUCAAGUUACCGGUUUUCAACAACAAAACCAGCCUCAAAUGGGUCUGCAACCACAAGCUACAGGCUAUCUACCACCUUCGAAUUUUAACCCAACUGUUCCAUUGGUAGCGCAGAAAACUGGGUUUGGUAAUAAUGAGAUUUAUGCCCAAUCGAACUUUACAAGAACUUUAACUACUCAAAUGAACCAACAACAAGAGGAUAACGACACCAUUUCUCCAGAAGAGAAAUCCUUAUUCUACAAAAUUUUCGCAACUUAUGAUAACAACAACACAGGUUUGAUUGAUUCUCCAACAGCAGUCGAAAUCUUUAGAAAAUCAGGUUUAAAUAGAAGUGAUUUGGAACAUAUUUGGAAUUUAUGUGACACCAACAACUCUGGUCAAUUAAACAAACAAGAAUUUGCGUUAGGAAUGCACUUAGUGUACAGAAAACUAAAUAAUCAACCAAUUCCGAAUAACCUACCAGCAAGUUUGAUUCCAUCCAGUAAUAGAAUUUUAGACAACCUAAAGACUCAAUUAAAAAGUAGUGACAACGGCUUAAACAGUUCAGGUUCAAGAAUUAAUGGUCUAGGUUACAAAAACGAUGACAAUGAAAACAGUCUUCCAACCUUUAGAAACCGCAGAAAGAAUUUUUCUACAACUACAACCGCAUCAACUGAUUCGUCAAACGUUGCUGAAAAUAAAGAUUCUCCAUCUGUUGCCGAAGCUUCCCAAAAGUACCCUGACCUCUCCACCACUGACAUUACCUCAACCACUCCAAACCCACCUGUCGCAAAGGAGAUACAACCUGCACCUGUUAAAUCCGCUCAGCCAACUGUCGAAACGUCUACAAUAGCUGAAGAUUUGAAGCGUAUUACAGAAAUUAGGUAUGAGCUAGAAAGUCUGCAAUUGCCAUCGAUUACUGGUAACAGCCAAGUAUCUCAUGAUUUGCAAAAACGAUUUGAAACUAUUAUUGAUACGGUUCCUCAAUUAUUUUCUGAAAUUGCCGAUGUCAAUACCAAGAUUACUGACGCCAAGAUUGAGCUAGUCAAUUUAAGAUCGGGAACAGCUAUUGAAGGGACUGGUACAAACGGUGAAGUUACUGAGAAUGAUAAAAAGAAAGCUAAGAGUAGAGCAUUACUAAAGGCUAGAAUGGCUGCUUUGACCGGGAAACCAAAUGACAAUGCAGGCAAUGAUGACAACUCAAAGGAAAAUACUGAAGAACUAAACAAGAUAAAACAAGAAAGUGUCAAGAACCAAGAAAUUAUUAAGGAUAUCAGAUCAUCAAUUUCUGAUAUAUCUUCCUCCUUGAAAUCCACAUUUACGGGUAAAAACAUCUAUGAUGAUGGCGAGGAAUUCGAAAGAUGGGAAUUCGGUAGUGGAUUAGAGAGGGAAGUUCGUAACUUUAUCAGAGACUUAAACAAAGACAGUCUAUUAGCUCAAGGAACCGUAACUUCUAACGUACAAUCUUCUGCUAAUAAUACUUCUAAAUCUGACUCUCAUAAUUCAAAUGACAGGUCCGCUUACUUAAAGGAGCAAGCUCAAAAGAGAAUGAAGGAAAGAUUAGCAAAAUUUGGUAUUAAUAAACGUGGAGAUAGAUCCAGAAGUAAUACUUCUGAAUCUAUAAAGACCCCAUUCGAAGUGGAAGAUAGACCUGUAGAAACUUCAAAGGUAGCAGAAUAUUCCAGUAACCAGCAUGCUCAUCAGCCACAGAAUAAUACCAAUAGUAAUGAUGGAGUAUCCGAUAUGGAAGAGGAUGAAGAAGAGAAGAAAUUAAGGGAAAAACUUGAAAAUCUAAAGUUGAAGAAGAAAGCUGACAAGGAAAAAAGACUGGCCGAACUGCGUAAACAAAUCGAGGAAGCUGAAGCUAAUUCUGAUGAGGAUGAACCUGUCAUGACCAAAACAAUUAAUUUGAACAAUGUUUCCAGUCAAGUAAGCUCUCAAUUACCACAACAGACAACAUCUUCAUAUAAUUCACAAACUGUGAACUCGACAAUCGUACCGUCUGCUCCAGUAGCCAAUAACCCAAUCUCGAAACCUAAUCCAUUUUUUAAACAAGAAUCAAAUUCUAACAGUUCUUCAUUUGAUGCAGGAGCUGCUGAGCUACAAAGAAGAAGUCAAAGAGGUUUUGAUGAGAAUAAGGAUAGUGACGGUUGGUCUGAUGAUGAGCCAGAAGUGGAGGUACAAUCAGAAAACGUACAAGUUACGUCAUCAAUUCCCAUUGUGACACCAAACGUAUCUGUCCAAGAACAAAGUGUCGCAGCUCCUCUGGCUCCACCAAUUCCUCAAAUUCCGGAAUCAACUCCAGCGGUUCCAUUAGCUCCACCAAUUCCACAAAUCCAGGAAUCGACUCCAGCGGUUCCAUUAGCUCCACCAAUUCCACAAAUCCAGGAAUCGACUCCAGCGGUUCCAUUAGCUCCAUCAAUUCCACAAGCCUCUGUUCAAAUCCCAGCCGUCCCAAUGGUGCCUCAGAUGGUGGACAACUCAGGUUAUGAUGAAGCUGAUAAUGACGAUGUCUUAUCUAUCCCAGAGUCUGUAGAUUCUGGUGACGAGGGUUCCUCCAUUCCAAUUUCAAGUAUCCCACCUCCACCUCCACUACCAUAA